AUGACGUGUGUCUCGCAGUCUAUCGCCCGCUACACUUUGCUCCGCUGCAUCGUCUCCGCUGCUCAGUUUGCCGGCGGUGAUUUGUGCUUCUACGAAAACUACGCUGAGCUUGUGGCACAAGACGCCGUGGGAGAAACGACAACUCCACUUCGGAUUGACUACGAUGUUCUCCUCCACUUUCGCGUGGUGCGGCAGCAGCAGCUGAUGCGAAUUGAGCUCCCACGCUUGAUUGUGUGGCGCUGGGCCGAGGCCAACCGAUUCGCCUCCGAGCUGGAUGGCGGGGAGAUCCUCACCCGGGAGGACAUGAACAGACCGUGCACGCUCAUAGAGCAGCUGCACGAGGACGACAUGGUGCAUUUCUUGCAGUCCGUCGCGCCGAUGGUGGCGGCAAGCCGACGGGCGCGUUCCGCGUCGCGUGUCAGUACAACCGAGCCGCUGCCGUUGAGUUAUUUUCCACCCAACCCUGAGGCAGACUCGGUGGCGUCAACAGAAACACCGUCUGAUGUUGAUGGUGAUAACGCCAACCUCAGCGGGGGCAGCCAAGAGGAUAACGACAGGGACGGUGGUAUGGAUGACUCCAGCGAGAACGUCUCCGCGGUGUGGCGGUCCCAAUCGACCGCUCCAACGACGCAGCGCAACCCCUCGCUAGGCGUGGGUGCGGACUCCGUGGAAUCAGCGGGGGAUAAAAGCAACGCGAGCAGGAAGAAGAAGCAUGUGGACGUUGCUCCUGUCACUGAAACGGCUGCGUCUGUGGUUUCUGCUGCCGUCGUCAGUGAGGAGCGGGGGGAGAAAGGGGAGGAGGACCGUCUUUCGCAUUGUUUGGAGGCUCUUGGCGCGGCGGCGGACACUUCCGCGGUGCAAUUGACGCGUGGCAUUUCCUCCCAAAGCAGCCCUCUCUUGGCAACUUUCACGGCACGGAGGCGAGACCGUGGAGCCCCGGCUCGCGGCGGCAGCAGUGAGGCGGUGAUGCCAAAUACACCGCCGCCACCAUCGUUGUCAUCGACCAACCUGCGCAUGCCUCGGCAGCUGCGAGGGAAAGGAAAUACACAACGAAGUGCCGCGACUCGUCGACGACCGCCCCAUUUAGGGAUUGAUGGGGAGGAAGAGGCGGGAACGAUGCCAAAGCGAGCCAGGAAGGAGAAAUCCCCGACGUUGUUCUCACUGCCUGCAGGUGCCACAAUGGGUGACGCAGAUGCAGCAACGCGAACAACGACACGAGUGCCACUCGUGGAACCGCCAGAUUCUGGCGCUUCGCCCGAUCAGCCGAUAGAAACACCCAAUGCUGUCACUCCAUCACGUGCAGGGGAAUUGCCACACUCUACGCGUUCGGACGUGGUCUCCGUGCAUCGCGGCGCCGCCACUGCAGUUAAGCGCGACGCAACAGAUCCCAACGUGACUGCGGAGGCGGCGUACAACUUUGCCGAUCUCAUGACUGCACCAGAGAAUGCAGCCCACCUGCCUCUUUUUCCAGAGGUAAAAAAGAUUUUGGGGGAGCUGGAAGAGCUGAUUCCGCCUAAGAGAAGAGGCCGUGGUGCUGGAAGGACGAAAACGCCACGUCCGCCACCGAAGAAGGGAACAACGGGGAAGCAGCAGCGCAAAGUCACGGCAAAAAGGCGUGGUGGGGGAAUUGAAGUGAUCUCAAAAGAGCAAACUAAAGCAGCCAAGGCGGAGUCCACAACGGCCCCACAGAAAUUGCAUCCAGUGGCUGGUGAAGACGACGGGGCAUCGACACCGCCUCCUGAUGCCGCUGCCGCUGCCGCUGCUGUUGCUGUCGCUGCUGCUGCUGCUGCUGCUAAUGUUGUCGUUUCCCCACCUGCAAAUGCUCCACCGAACAUGAAGCUCUCUUACCCAUCGCAGCACGAGUCAUUCAUCCAGGCUCCUGUUUUGCCAUCACCUCAGAAGUCUCAGCAAAAAUCCGCACAUGAUUCUCCCGAAGUGGACCACACAUCCGAUGGAGCAGCAGCAGAGGCAGCGACUUGUUGCUUCCCGUCCGCGUGUGUCACUCCCAUGAGUGAUUACCACUUGGCCGAGACUGCCUCCAAUCAACAUCGGGAAGAACAUGAGGAAAUAAACAUGGACACAGGAUCUGGGCCUGAUUCCUCCGCGUAUGCCGUACCGGCGGCAACGGCAGCAUCCACACCGCCGAAUCGGAAGGUCAUCCCCUUGGAACAAAAGAUGGAUAAGCAGUUGACAUCCACCCCGUUGGGGUCCCACAAGCCUCUUCCAUUCGCACAUGACUCUCCCCCACUUUGCCACUGUCAGCAGCGAUGCAUGAGGCAUUAUGGCACGCUCUCCGCCGUGGUAGAGGGUGACUCUCGCAAGAGUCGCUGGCGGCGUGUGGUGCGUCAAUUAAACAGCCUUUCAUUGCACCUUACAAAAGCACGAGCUUGUGGAGAGGAGCUGCGGGGGCUUUUCCUGUUGUUGCUGGAGGAUGCGGAGAUUUGA